GUCGACCAAUCUCAAUCUCGAUUGCUGAUGCCACCACCAACCAACCGAUCUAGAUCUUUAUUACCUACCAAACGCUCGCCUUGGAAAUCUUAUCGACUAACAAUACGCCAGCCACCGCUGCUUCUCCGGCCAUCCUCCGCCACGCUUCAUGGAGCCAAAGCCCACCGGCAAGACUGCGCGCAGCCCGUCAUGGCCGGAGCUGCUGGGAUCCGACCACUGGUCGGGCCUCCUCGACCCCCUCGACAUCUCCCUCCGCCGCCUCAUCCUCCAAUGCGGCGACCUGUGUCAGGUCACCUACGACUCCUUCAACAGCGACACCCACUCCAAGUACUGCGGCAGCUGCCGGUACGGCAAGCGCAGCCUCCUCUCCGACGUCUUCUUCCCCAGCGCCGCCGACUACGAGAUCUACGACUACCUCUACGCCACCUCCCAAGUCUCCGCCCCCGACGACUUGCUCCUCUUCCCCCUCGCCGGCGACGGCGCCUGGAGCAAGGACUCCAACUGGAUAGGCUACGUCGCGGUGUCAACCGCCGUCGACGGGGGGCGGGUGAUCUACGUGGUAUGGCGGGGGACGAUCCGGACGCUGGAGUGGGUAGACGUGUUCUUGCCGGAUCCCGUCAAGAUCGACACCAUUCUCUCCUCUAAAACAGAGGAGGCGGCGGCCAGUUGCAGGGUGAUGAAGGGGUGGUACGUGAUCUACACCUCGAGCAACGCUGACUCCCCGUACACCAAGCGGAGCGCGAGGGACCAGCUCACGUUCGCCAUUAAAGCCCUGGUGGAGCUGUACAAGGAGGAGAGCCUCAGCAUCGUGUGCGUCGGCCACAGCCUCGGCGCCGCCCUCGCAGUCCUGAGCGCCUUCGACAUUGCGGAGAACGGCCUGUCGAGAACCGGCGGCUCCGGCGGGACGACGUUCCCGGUGUCCGCCGUGGUGUUCGGGAGCCCGCAGGUGGGAAACAGAGCCUUCAACCGACGCCUGGAGAAGCUGCCCAAUCUGCGAGUUCUCCAGGUGAGGAACAAGACCGAUCUCAUCCCGCAGUACCCGAGCCGUCUGCUGGGCUUCGCGGACACCGCCGGCGCGGUGCUGGAGGUGGACGGCCGGAAGUCGCCGUACCUGAAGCAGUCGACGAACCCUGGCGACUGGCACAACCUGCAGGGGAUCCUACACGCUGUGGCGGGGUGGAACGGGCCUUCCGGAAAGUUCGAGCUGAGGGUGAAGCGCAGCAUAGCGCUGGUGAACAAGUCGUCGGACUUCCUCAAGGACGAGUACCUGGUGCCGGGGUUGUGGUGGGUGGAGAAGAACAAGGGCAUGGUGCUCGGCGCUGACGGCGAGUGGGAGCUCACUCCGCCGCCGAAGGAUGGCAUCCCCACCCCACUCGCGUCGGAGAAGACUGGGAAUAUUCCGGCGGAGGAAGAGUAGCAGUCCGUGCAGUGAUUCCUCUGAGCUGUUCGAUCGAUAAAUCAAUCAUUUCCAUUGCUAGAUAAAUAAAUGAAAAUGUUAAAAAUUAUUGUCUAUGGUGUGUUGUUUAUAAUA